CACGUGCUCAGACUCCUCGGCCGGAAUCUCCAGGGAUGACCAGCCCCUCCCCGCGCAUCCAGAUAAUCUCCACCGACCCCGCCGUAGCCUCUCCUCAGCGCAUUCAGAUUGUGACAGACCAGCAGACAGGACAGAAGAUCCAGAUAGUCACUGCAGUGGACACCUCUGGAUCCCCCAAACAGCAGUUCAUCCUAACCAGCCCAGAUGGAGCUGGAACUGGGAAGGUGAUCCUGGCUUCUCCAGAGACAUCCAAUGCCAAGCAGCUCAUAUUCACCACUUCUGACAACCUCGUCCCUGGAAGGAUCCAGAUCGUCACAGAUUCUGCCUCUGUUGAGCGUUUGCUGGGAAAGGCUGACGUCCAGCGGCCCCAGGUGGUAGAGUACUGUGUGGUCUGUGGAGACAAAGCCUCUGGCCGUCACUAUGGGGCUGUCAGUUGUGAGGGUUGCAAAGGUUUCUUCAAAAGGAGCGUGAGGAAAAAUCUGACCUACAGCUGCAGAAGCAACCAGGACUGCAUCAUCAAUAAACACCAUCGGAACCGUUGUCAGUUUUGCCGGCUGAAAAAAUGCUUAGAGAUGGGCAUGAAAAUGGAAUCUGUACAGAGUGAACGGAAGCCCUUUGAUGUACAGCGGGAGAAACCAAGCAAUUGUGCUGCUUCAACUGAGAAAAUCUAUAUCCGGAAGGACUUGAGAAGCCCUCUGAUAGCCACCCCUACGUUUGUGGCAGACAAAGAUGGAGCAAGACAGACUGGUCUUCUUGAUCCAGGGAUGCUUGUGAACAUCCAACAGCCUUUGAUACGUGAGGACGGCACAGUUCUGCUGGCCACGGACUCCAAGGCAGAAACAAGCCAAGGAGCCCUGGGUACACUUGCAAAUGUAGUGACUUCCCUUGCCAACCUGAGUGAAUCCCUCAACAAUGGUGACGCAUCGGAGAUCCAGCCAGAGGACCAGUCUGCAAGUGAGAUCACCCGGAGGGACCAGUCAAUCCUGCCCAUUGUGCCAGUCGUCAGGGCAUUUGAUACCUUAGCUAAAGCACUUAAUACCACAGACAGCUCCUCUCCCCCAAGCAUGUCAGAUGGAAUAGAUACCAGUGGAGGAGGGAGCAUCCAUGUCAUCAGCAGAGACCAGUCAACACCCAUCAUUGAAGUCGAGGGCCCUCUCCUUUCAGACACACACGUCACAUUCAAGCUAACCAUGCCCAGCCCGAUGCCAGAGUACCUCAAUGUGCACUACAUCUGCGAGUCUGCGUCUCGCCUGCUCUUCCUCUCAAUGCACUGGGCUAGGUCAAUCCCAGCCUUUCAGGCACUUGGACAGGACUGCAACACCAGCCUGGUGCGGGCCUGCUGGAAUGAGCUCUUUACUCUUGGCCUAGCCCAGUGUGCCCAGGUCAUGAGCCUCUCCACCAUCCUGGCUGCCAUUGUCAACCACCUGCAGAAUAGCAUUCAAGAAGAUAAACUUUCUGGUGACCGGAUAAAGCAAGUCAUGGAGCACAUCUGGAAGCUGCAAGAGUUCUGUAACAGUAUGGCAAAGCUGGAUAUAGACGGCUAUGAGUAUGCAUACCUUAAAGCUAUAGUUCUCUUUAGCCCUGAUCAUCCAGGUUUGACCAGCACAAGCCAGAUUGAAAAAUUCCAAGAAAAGGCCCAGAUGGAGUUGCAGGACUAUGUCCAGAAAACCUACUCAGAAGAUACCUACAGAUUGGCCCGGAUACUUGUCCGACUACCGGCACUUAGGCUAAUGAGCUCCAACAUAACUGAAGAACUCUUUUUUACUGGCCUCAUUGGCAAUGUUUCAAUAGACAGCAUAAUCCCAUACAUCCUUAAGAUGGAGACAGCAGAGUACAACGGCCAGAUCACUGGAGCCAGUCUAUAGUGCACAUCACACGCCUGCCGAGCUCAUGGCAGAAGACCACCUCCAGAAUCAUCCAGACACGAGGAAAUUAAAGUAAUGGUAUUUUGGUAUGUGAACAUAUUUCCAGUAUGCUAGCCAUUUCUUACCUGGUUUCUUACCUGUUAAUUCCUGAAAAUAGCCACUAGAAGACUAGUAGGAUCCUUUCCUGCCAUAAGAAAUGUUUUAAUGCCUUUUGAUGAAGUAACAGAUUUUGGAACAAUCUUUUAACUCAAUUUGUAUUUAGAAAUUAUCAAAGGGCGAAAAAAAAGUUUUAUAAUGUCAGAGACUAGUAUUAAAACUAAAAAAAAAAAAGAACAGUAUGUGUAUAUAUGUUAAAAUAACCUUGGAAUUAAUAGCUACUAAUUACCAGGGUAAUAAUAUUAGCACUUUCUAAGCACUUCUUGUCAAUGCUUAAAUGUUAACAACAUUUUGCCUGUGGACAGGGCAAGUGAAAACUGUAUGUCUUUUUGCUGAAAUGCUAAUGGUUUCUGUGAAAACUCACUAGGGUACAGGAGACAAUCGUUUGUGUAUGAGAGGGCAUCAGUCCUAAUUUUAUGCACAUGGUGGUGAGCUAACCCCCUCCGAAGGACUCAUACAUGGCCUACUGGCAAGCAUGCAGUGAAAAGAUGGUAGCCGGGUUGGUGGCGACUCAAACCAGAAGCUUCCAGCCUAGAGUUGCUGCCCGUCAGGUGUCCUGGUGUGUGAAAGGUUCCAGCCUAGAGUUGAUGCCCGUCAGGUGUCCUGGUGUGUGAAAGGUGUCUGCAGACUCCUCAAGAACCUUUAGUUCUCCUCUGAUAAUGAUUCUCAAAAUCAGAUCGCAACCAAGUCAGAGAUGAACUGCCAGACAAGACAUACAAUCUCACAGCCGUUGAAACCAGCCCCAAAUGCCUCUGCCAGAGUAUGGGGGUACACGGAUGGAGCCUUCUGACCAACAAAAGCUCCAGGUGGGCAUUUGGAACCCUUGCUUUCCUUGAGCUGGCUUGGGGUGGGGCUACAUGCUGUUCACGUGGAGGAAACGGGGCCUCUCCGGAGUGUGGGUUCCUUCCUUCAUGGUUUCUGUUCCAAACACUGUGUUCUGCAGCUCAGUCAGAGCAGGCUGGCAAUGCUGUGCGGGACUGCCUAACAGCAGUGACCAGGGCCUGAAAGGGCUGAUGGGAAGGUCUCAGGACAGUUUCUGUCGAUUGACUUUAAACAUCAAUGUCAUAAAACGUCUCGAAACUCGGUGUCUGUUGCUUUUUAAUGGUCUCAGUACACCACAUACUUUGGUUCCCCAGGGUAUAGGCCAGCAAAUCAACUGGAGUGUUUUAAAGGUAGGCAGGCUACCUGCUUUUUCAAACCCAGCUCUCACCUCCCAGGUGGUUUUCUUUUACUUGUAGCCAACCACUGAGCUUGCAGCAAGAGCAGGAUGUAGGUACAGCAUGGGUAUGAGUAAGCAGCAGUAUUUCCAGUUGGGAGAAACCGGCAAGUGCAAGACUGGGGUAGGUGCUUUGUUUUCUUCUUGUAUAACCCAGAUUAAGAAAAAUGAUCUAAUGGAAGUUAAAUUUUAGCCUCUUGGACCCUUUGAUCUGAAGACGUUCAACAAGAUCCCAGUAUAUCACCACCGCCACCCCACCCCAGGGGUACAAGAUCUGGUUUGGCUUCAUGAGCCCCAGAGGUGUUGGGCCAAAUGGCCAAGCACUGUGGCCCCAUGUUCAGAAACUGAAGGCUUCCAUGGACAUAAGCCAAAAAAGAAUGCUUCACCCUAACACAGCUGUUAGCAGCGCUUUGUGAGCAUCGUCAUUAAUGGGAAGUCAGUGGGUCGGGACUUUCAGCUUUUAUUUCUCUCAUUUGUAGUUCAUGCCAUGGAAGCAAAUUUUGGAGGAGAAUGGCCAUUAUAAAACAGUGAAAGUUUAAAUUUUUAGUUUUCUGGCUGUCAAUUUUAGUAUCAAAAUUAAAACUAAAAAACUGGCCAAGACAGUGGAGUUACAGUGGAUCUAUCUGGACUGCUCGGGAAGAAUUUUAGUAGAGGGCAUUUGAAAGCACAUCUGUGCAUAUUACACAAAAGUUAACUUUUUGUUCUUUGGCUUCUAUUAGUGCAGGUGUGUCUGUUGAUCGUAUAGCAAUUCCCUGGGAAUACAUAUUGUGUCAGAUUAUUUAGAUCUGAAUUCUCGGUGUUAAUGACAAGGAUCACACAAGCCAGCCAGGGGACACUGAGGUCUAAUACUCACUCGCCUAACACCUGGGAGCAGCUGAGCAAAGACCUCGGCUAGGGUCCUCAAGGUGUCAUUGUGUACAUUUAUUGGGACUAGAAGUAAAAACUGACAGGUAGAUGUUGAGCACAGGAACAAGAAAGUACUGAGCUUAGGCAAGCUAGCCUUGGAGACAAAUGGGAUAUAGCCUGGGAAGCUGCUGCUUAGAAUCUUGUGCUGGCCUGUUAAGCUUUGUGAGUGAUGGCUGCUGACUCCAGUGAGCUAUUUUGGAUUUUGCACACUCCCCAAGUUAAUUACCCAGGUCUUAACCUUACUGUUGAGGUAUCCUUUUCUCUAAGGAUCACAUCACACCACCAGAACUCUGCCUAACGUUAUUUCAAGCCUUUGACUUCCAGACACCUGUCUCUUGUGUUGGGUGUUUAGUGUUGAUGUUAGGGAGAGGAGAUCUAAGUAAACUCCCUAAACCUAGGAUUAUUUAAAGGGAUCCUAACCAACUAUUUGGUCCCUGACUUUCACAAGGCUUUAGGCCUUGUUAGUUUGUGAAAGUAGCUUUAGUGAAAUAAGGCAAACCAUCUGCUGGUGAAUCUGAAGAUGAACCAGGGCUGGAACUCUAUAACAGGUCUCCACAUACCUACAGGAGGUGGGGGGACACACACGGUUAAGUGGGCCCUUUUCAGAAGUAUCUCAGAUAAUGUUGGAUUAAGACAGUUUUGUUUGGAAAUUUGUGGAGGUCAUGGCAUAUAAGCAUUAACUAAGACAUGAAGAGACUUAGGUGACCAAGUAAAUUACUCUGCUCAAGCAGUGAUUUUUCAAGUUAUUCCUGGAAAGUCCUAAUUUGAAAUGUGUGCCUGUGUGUUAUGUUACAUUAUUUAUUGUCUAAUCUCUGCCAUAAAACUGUGGUUUGGGGUUCUGUUGUCUUACCUUCAGGUGUAGUCACUUGUUAUAACGGCCCUCAAAGGGGAAUUUUUUUAGUUUGUCGGUGUCAGUAUUAAAUGUGAACUUUGGUCUGAGACAGGAUGCCGGCCACAUUGACAACAGUGGGCACUUGAUGCCCAACCCUUUGAUGCCCCUAAUGUAACAGCAGUGUACCCAAGCGCAUAGACUUGUACUACACUAUCUACAUACUUAGUUGUUUGCUUGUAUUGGGGGUAACCUAUGAUAAGGAGCCAAGAAUUUUAAGGGCUCUUGUUAGUGUUUACUCUGCAGAAAAAAAACUAACCCUUUGGAGAAUUGCCACCAGAGCAGCCUUCCUAACAACACCUGGCUCUAGGAUCGCUGGGCCAGGCUUCACUUGUAUGGAUCUAAGGAGACUGGAGUCCAGAUAUUGUUAGCCGCUCCCAGGACCAGUGGCCAGUGCAGUGGAGAGUAAGUGGGCAGUGCUUGGAGGUCCAGGAAUAUGGCUCCGCUGGCUGAGCAGAUGCCUUGCAGGCUUCCUUUGACCCACAUUCCUUCGGUCCACAGCUAGAGGAUGAGGCUUCUGCAGUGUCUUACCUUUGAGAGCAUCUUUGUCAAGCCAGCCCCAACAGGCAGGGCUGGAGUGGACUUCCUCGUGUGCCUCCUGCCAGUGUGCACUUCUGCGCGGCCAACCCUGGGCCACUCUCCGCGGUGUGCGUGAGCAGGCUUAUAGACGGUCUAACUGAAUGAAUGUACAUGUGUUUAUAGCUCCUCUGUGUACAGUGUAUAUAGUGUGCUUAUGUGUAUAUAGAUGUAUAUUAUGUAUUCAGACAUGUAGCCACAUAUCCGAACUUUUCUUCCUUUUUUAUGCCUUGUUUCUCCCCACCACCACCCCACCACCCAAAUAGAGUCUGGUGAAGCUCGCGUAAAUUGACAAAGAUGUUUCAAGGCCCCUUGGCAGGGGGGAUUUGCUGGUGAGCUUCUUAAAUCAAGUUCCCUCUUGGUAAGCCAGGCUGGGAAGGGCCAUUAAACCAAUUAAAAGAUAAAGACUCACCACUUUGCACAGGACAGAAAAGGUUCUGACAGGGCGACACAUCUCUGUGGUCUCUAGGUUCAGGAAGCUGGAAGAGUUCACUCUAAUGCCCAUAGGCGGUGACUUUAACCUGCUUCCACAUGCCUAUUUAUGGCCUCGCUAUUGGGAACUUAGUAGCUACAGCCACCAUCGACGUUUUCAGACACUUCGCACAUGAAUGGUCGAGAGAGUGUAGAGUCCAAGACCCAGAAUGGUCCGGUGAGGGUGGGGAUGAGGGGGUACUUAACUCUAUCCCAGGUGAUGGAAAUGUCCCACCUCCCAGUGAUCAGUCAACAAGAGGUGGGAUCAUCCUGUGACUCAAUGAAUAUAAAUUCCCCACCUGUUUCACACCAGAUAAUCGUCUUUAAAAGUAAACAUGAAUGUUGAUGGUUCACUUUUAUGGCAUAUAAGCUACAAAUCUUUAAAACUGCUUCCCUAAAUGUAAGCAUGUGAAUGAAAUCCAUUAACUCAACACUUUUCUGUAAAUUAUGAUUUAAAUUUUUUCAGUUAAAAAAUGCAUUUUAUAUGGAUAUUUGCCCUUGAAGCUACAGAUGCCAAAUUUUCCUUAUCCAGGUCUGUUCUGAUGAAUUUUCUCCCUUAAUCAGGCCUUAAACUGGGGACACCACCACCACCACCCACUCCCAGGAGGCAGUGCCCAGUCCCCAGGGAGUGCCUGGGAGGCUGGAUGAAACCAUCCUGUAACACACUGGUUGCUUUUCUUCUUUCAAUCUAUCUGAGUUUCUGACACACUUCAAGAGCCCAUAGUACUCAGUGCCUUUUGUGAGACAGUAGGCCAUCGUCGUCUUCAGCAUCCCUCAUUGUUGAUGCACAGAAAGCUUCUGUUAUCACUGGCUCCAUCUAACAGCAUUCUCGACCUUCACUUGUUAUUCCCUGUCCUGACAAUCACACACUAUUGAAGGUGGCUUUCCAUUCAAAGUACAGACAGAAUCCUUAAAUCUCUAUGUCAGUCUCUGAAAUAACAAUGUCACCUGCAAUCUAAGAAUAAACUGAGGUUAAACGAGAGUGUUGGGGGCAAGAGGGAGGUCUAUGAGACUUUUUUUAAGCCCAGCUAGACUUUCAAGUUACAAACCAGUGGCUUUAGCAUCUCAAGAUUUACACAUGACAGAAAAACUACUCAGCAACCUUCACCACUAAAUUUACAGACUGUGUUAGAGUUUAAUAUUUGGGUAGCAUUUGGAAGCCGUCGGCUUUCUAUUUAAAAUGGCUUUUCUUUAGGAAAGCAUAAUCAGCUAUCAUUUAAUGACCAUAGCGUUGACCAUAGGUUUGUGACCUCAAAUGCUGCUGCCACAUACAACUCAAGUGCUGGAAUAUUUUUCUACCGUCUCUCCGUUUCCAAUUAUCUUGUAAACCAGUGUUCAACUAGUUUUAUAACUAAAAGCUGCACAUUUUUCAUAGUACAAACUGUAGUUUUUACUUGUAGUUUGGAUCUCUUAAAAUGUAGCUGUAUUAUCAGCCCUCUUAAGACAUCUGUUAAAGGAAAAUUUGGAUGUUAUAAUUUUCUUGGGACCGUUCUGUAACCUCUGCCCUUUACAAUAUAGAAAAUAGUUUAUGCCAUUACAUUUUAAUUCCAGGUUUAAAACCUGUUGAAAGCUAUAGCUUUCCACAGCUUCUUCCCCCGUUAAAUCAGCUUUGUAUGUGUGAUGGCAUUUAAAAAACAAGCAUGUUCUUUUUAAACUGAAUUUUAUAUCUAAUCAAUGUCUUCAGUCUUGAAGAAAUUGCAUUGUUGUGUUUGUAUAUGGAGUAUUGCAGUGCAUGAAUUAGCUUUAUGCAUUUUAUUAAAUGCUGUUUCAAUGUGGCAUUACUGUUGUGGCUUAAUACUACUACCUAAAUGAGGUUUAUACUAUUAAAAGUGAAUUAAAAACUAA